CGGCACGUCGUCUGCCAGUCUGCUGAAACAGUAAUUUUUUGUGUGCCGUGUUCUUCGUUUGUUGUCGUUUGUUUUGUUCCCGCUCUAUCGCUAUCUUCGCCCCAAAGUUCGCUCCUCGGUUGCCGCCGUUGCCGUCGCAGUCGCAGUCACUCACUCACUCGACUCGAUUCGAUUCCUACUCGUACUCGUACUCAUACUCGUACUCAUACUCGUACUCGUACUGGUAGUCGUACUCACAGCUCACAGCUCACAGGCAGGCGGCUUUGGAUGGUAAUUUGGCGAGGGGAAAACCUCACCUCGGAGUGAGAGUGCUUUUCCAUCCAGGCCAGUUAGCCAGGCUAACUAAAGCCAGUGUCGUCGCCGGAGCUUAUAACGAGCGUAGUUCUUGCGCAGAGUUUAUUGCCGACAGUUGGCGCGAUCUUGUUUGCCGUCGCUUCGCUAUCUCGGCCAAAUCGUCAUGUCGUAUCGCCACCGCUGGCCCAAAGGGUGUUCGACUGCAGUAGUUCCUCCUGUUCCAGCGACGGCAUACGGAACGCUUCCCAAAUACUCCUCCGCAUGCAGGAAACUCCUAUAGGAUACAGUUCCACUUACACACCUUAAAAGAAAUAUAAAUAUUAUUACGUGCUUAAAAAUAAAUAGAGUGAAAAUUUUAAGAAGAGACCCCCAACAAAUAUGUAACACUGUGAUGUGUUAGAAAAGCGAACAUUUCGUAAUAAUGCCCCGGCCCUCGCGAGAAUCCUACGGCGAACAGAAGCCCCCGUACUCGUACAUUUCGCUGACGGCCAUGGCCAUCUGGAGUUCGCCGGAGAAGAUGCUGCCGCUGAGCGACAUCUACAAGUUCAUCACGGACCGCUUUCCGUACUACCGCAAGAACACCCAGCGCUGGCAGAAUUCGCUGAGGCACAACCUCAGCUUCAACGACUGCUUCAUCAAGGUUCCCCGUCGGCCGGACAGACCGGGAAAAGGAGCCUACUGGGCCCUCCAUCCGCAGGCCUUCGAUAUGUUCGAGAACGGCAGCCUGCUCCGGCGGAGAAAGCGCUUCAAGCUGCACAAGAACGACAAGGAUCUGCUGAACGAGGAACUCACUGCCCUGGCGAAUCUGAACAGGUUCUUCUUCACCACGCGGAACGGAGGCAGUGCAUCGCACAUGGCGCCGCUGGAGAUGAACGGCGGCGCGAUGCGAUUGGAUCCGCUUCCAAGGACCACGAACCACAUGCCCAACUCCCUUGGCCAAGGAGUGCCGCUCCCGCACGCGAUACCCAGCUCCAUGUCCAGUGCGGAGCACACGAACCUCUCGGACAUCGGCCUGUCCAACCUGCCCGCGCUAACCAGCUCCGACAUCGAAGGUCCACUGAGCCUGCGACCCAAGCGAUCCUUCACGAUAGAGAGCCUGAUCACGCCGGACAAGCCGGAGCAUCACUCCGAGGACGAGGACGACGAGGACGACCGCGUGGACAUCGAUGUGGUGGAGUGCAGCGGCAUCACCCGCUACCCCACGACGCCCGUCUCCGAGGAGUAUCUGCCCGCCGGUCGUUCCGUCCGGACGGAGGAUCCCCUGCCGCCGAUGCACACGAUAAACCCCGGCGCGCACGUGCCCUUCCUCCAUUACGCGACGGGUGCCAAUGUGGCGGGACUCCCGCCCGCGGGGAUACCCAGCAGCCCCACCACCUACGAGCUGGCCAUCUCGCAUCCGCUCUUCAUGAUGGCGGCGCCCAUUGCCAACAUGCACAACAUCUACUACAAUAACGUGACCCUCGUCGCCCCGGCGCAGCAAUAUCGGACUCCCGAGGUCCAGAAUAGAAUAGACAACGACAUGCGUACGAUAUAACAUAGAUAAGUCGCGGAACAGGAAGACAGGACAGGACACCUAUGUAAAGCAUUAUUUACGAUCGGUAUAUGUACGUGUACACCUAUGUAUAUCCAUCCAAACGUAGUUCCUUUCGCAUUAAGGUUAAUUGUAAUAGGACCAAAACAUAUGGUAUACUUUCUUAGGCGUAGAGGCAUGUAAAUAAAGGCUUGUUAUACGAAUUUGAAUAGCUUGUAUUGCAUACCCGUACUAGUAAAUUAUUUAUUUUAUUUGUAUCAAACCUAGUGCAUAAAUCGAUCAUUUUGUGAA